CUGCUCCAAAAAUAUAUUCUGCACAGAGUCUCUGACAACCUCGGACAGUUAUGAACGUGCAACCUGCUUCAAGUUCGGCCUCGCCUUCCACCUGGAGUGAGAUUUAUCAAGUUCCGGGCCGGACCUCUCGGGACAUCCUUCUGAGAGCAAGAGAACUAUGCCUUCAUGGGGAUAUCCAACAAUUCCGCGACCUCCUCGACUCGGCGCAAUCGUCGUCGGAGAACUUCCAUGUAGAUGACUUUGGUAUUAUCAUGGGGCAGGCUGUGGAACAAGACAACGUGGAUUUCAUGCGGGCGCUCGUGGAUCAUGGUUUCCCCACACAUUCUAUCUACGCACGGAGCGCAACUAGGUGGAGAUCUAAGAAUGCGCUCGCCUUUUUUAUUGAAAAAGAUUGGAUAUCAACGAGCCAAUGUGCGAGACUCAACCCCCCAUCCUCGGAAACCGAAGAGAUGGUAUCUUGGCUUUUGGAUCAUGGUGCCGAUCCCAAUAAGCGUACAUUCAUAGACGUUUCCCCGCUUCCGUGGGCUGUUGAAAGAGCCCCCAUUUCCACUAUCCGCCUAAUGUUGGAUUAUUGCCAGAAUAUCCAGCCAGGCCAGCUGCUUCAUCAUGCUGUUCAACGCGAUGCUGACACUAUUGAAGUGUUGGAAAUGUUAAUUCAAAAGGGAGCGCCUUUGAACACUCCUGUGCACGAGGACCUCCCAACCUUCUCGGUUUUGUGUUUUAUGUCACUAGGAACACCUCUGCACCGGGCAUCUGAGCUCGGAAGAGUGGAUGUGGUACGCUACCUCCUUAGCAAAGGAGCCGACCAGGAUGUGAGAGACAGUAGAGGACUUACAGCUAUUCAGCUGGCUGCUAGAUUGAAUCAGCAAGCAGUGGUUGAGGUGCUGCAGAGGCGUGAAAACGGCGGAAACCCCGUUUACCACCCCUAA